AGGAACGCAUAUCCGACGCCACCGGUUCGACUCGACUCGACUCCGCUCGACUCGGCCCGGUCGCGGCUACGCUCCCGCCAGCCCCGGCCUCACCUAUUUAGUCAUUUCGUAGGAGCACUCAGUCGCGGACGCGUUCACGGGCUCGCUCCUUCGUGUGCAGUAGACCCAACCGACCCAGCAGCACCGAGACCGGCUGUGACGGACGUCGUCGUAACAGGAUGAAGGACAUCCGGUCGCAGUUUCAGAAGAAUGGCUUCGUCGUUCUGGAGGAUUUCUUCCAACCGGAAGAGAUCGACGAGCUUAAAUUCUGCGGGGAGGAGUUCACGAAAAACUUGCUGCCAGAAAGUGAACGAAGUAUUUUUAAUUCGACGACAUCGGUGCAGAGUAAAAACAGUUAUUUCCUGGAGAGCGCAAAUAAAAUCAGCGUAUUCUUUGAGUCUGAGGCGUUGGACAAUGACGGGAAGUUGAAGGUGCACCCGCGAGUGUCUUUGAACAAGGUUGGCCACGCGCUGCACUGGCUUCAUCCUACGUUCAAAAAGUACACGUUCGAUGAAAGGGUAAAAGAGACGGCAUUUCAGCUGGAUUACCAGGAGCCAGCUGUAUGUCAAUCGAUGUACAUUUACAAAAAUCCGGGUAUCGGAUCGGAAGUAAUCAUGCAUCAGGACGCGACGUACUUGUACACUGAGCCGGUAAAAGUAGUUGGUUUCUGGAUCGCCCUGGAGGAUGCUACUCAGGAGAACGGGUGUUUGUGGUUCGCGCCAGGUUCUCAUCAAAGCGGUGUACACAGACGUUACGUUAGAAACAAGGACCCGGACACGAAAGAGUUGUUAGUUUACGACAGCGCGGCGCCGUGUUAUCAGCUCAGCAAUUUUCGGCCGGUCCCGGUCAGCAAAGGAACCUGCAUCCUCAUACACGGGCAGGUAGUACAUUUCUCGAAUUCAAACAGGAGCGACAAAUCACGACACGCGUACACGUUCCACGUAAUCGAAACGCAGCAUACGUCCUACCCAAAGGACAAUUGGUUGCAACCACCACCGGGAGGAUUUCCUAAAUUGUACAGGAAUUAAGUGCCGCCGCCGCCUUGCGAUUCUAGCCGUGGCCAUUUUUAUUUUUCACAUUCUACGAGUACAAAAGUUACGUCUUGUAAUAUAUAGAACUGUUAAUAAAAAAUUAUUAAAUACUUGUA